AAUAAAGAGAUCAAAUGUCUGAAACGAGUAUAUAAAGAGUAUAUUAGCAAUGAGAUUAGAGAAAGAAAUCGGGAAAAGCUUAGAUCUCAAGACUCUAUACUAAAACCAUUCAAUUUAUCGUAUAAUGAUCAAAUUUUAGAAAAGGCAGAGUCUAGAGACUGUGUCUCUUCAGAACAAAAUACUGAUACACAAGAAAUAAAAGAAUCCGAAAUAGAUAUACAACCUUUGAUACAGGAAUUAUUUCUAGAAACUUCAAAAGAAGAUUGCAUCAAAAUCAUUAAUAUAGAGGAUUCUAUUGGUGAUUCACCUACAAUCAAAUUG